CCAACCUUUACCUUUCACAUCUCUUUUGUUCUUGUGGCAAGAAUCAAGACGGACCGAAGAAACUCGAAAGAUUCACGGAAACUCUGUAAAGGUUCGAUUUUUAGUACAUGCAAAGCGGGGAUACGUUGUUGCUAUAACAAGUAUGGCGGCUGAGCCGAGCUGAGUGAACAAGCAACCAAAGUGCCACUCACCACUUGUUAAAGAUUGCGAGGGUUUUGCAAAUUUGGGGGAAGAGCAAAGAAGAGACCAUGGGGCGGUCGUUUAGAUUUGUGAUUCUCGGGGGCGGCGUCUCGGCGGGCUACGCGGCGCUCGAGUUCGUCAGGCUGGGCAUACCGGCGGGAGAUUUGUGCAUCAUCACCGACGAGGCUGUUGCCCCGUAUGAAAGACCGGCACUCAGCAAGGGCUUCUUGCUUCCUGAAGGCGCUGUUCGAUUGCCUGCAUUCCAUACCUGCGUGGGUGUUGGAGCUGAGCGAUUAACUGCAAGAUGGUACAAAGAGCACGGAAUCGAGCUACUGCUCAACACUCAAGUCGUGUCAGUCGACUUGAAACGACAAACGCUGCUCACCAGUGCCAAGGAAACAAUCGCUUAUCUCAUGCUCAUCGUCGCCACUGGUGCUCGCGUGCUGAGACUGGAGGAGUUCGGGGUCACGGGCGCCGACGCUCGAAACAUCUUCUACCUCAGGAACCUCCACGAUGCAACCAAGCUUGUCGAGGCAAUGCAGAGCUGCAGCGGCGGCAAGGCUGUGGUGAUCGGCGGUGGCUACAUUGGCAUGGAAUGCGCAGCGGCUUUGGUAUCUAAUGGAGUCCACGUAACGAUGGUCUUCCCGGAAUCCCAUUGCAUUGCUCGAUUAUUCACGCCUCAAAUCGCCACCUUCUACGAGGACUACUACACAAGGAAAGGCGUGGUUUUUGUCAAAGGCACUGUUAUGUCAACGUUCGAGAGCGACAAAGAUGGAAAGGUAGCAGCCGUUGUCCUGAAAGAUGGAACCCGGCUUCCGGCCGAUCUAGUCGUGGUUGGCGUGGGGAUCCGUCCAAACACCACCUUGCUCGAAGGUCAGCUCAUAAUGGAGAAAGGCGGCAUCAAAGUGAAUGGCAAGAUGCGAACCAGCAACAGCACAGUCUACGCCGUCGGCGACGUCGCGGCAUUUCCGCUCAAGAUGUAUGGCGAUGUCCGGCGGCUGGAGCACGUCGACCACGCCCGAAAGUCGGCAGCGCACGCAGUGGAAUCCAUAAUGCAUCCGGAGCGAGCCAAGGACUACGACUACCUCCCAUACUUCUACUCCCGCGUCUUCAGCCUCUCGUGGCAGUUCUUCGGCGACAAUUCGGGCGAGUGCCUGCUGUUUGGCGAUCUCAAGUCGGAGAAGUUUGGAGCCUACUGGGUGGACAGGGGCCGAUUGGUGGGAGCGUUCCUCGAGGGCGGCUCCAAGAGCGAGUAUGCUGCGCUCGCGGUGGUGGCGAGGAAGAGGCCGAUGGUGGAGGACGUGCAGCUCCUGGCGGGGCAGGGGAUAAAGUUUGCGCUGGCGCUGUGCGAGGCCACUUCUUCCGACUCGCUCGUCUCGACCAUGGCUGCCACUGACGACGAAAGAGGAGCCAUGGCGGCUGUUGCGUCGGACUUGUUGCAGCACAGCGGAUUCAAGGUCGGGGCGGGGAUCGUGGUCGCUGUUGCGGUGUCUUGGGUAGCUUACUGGUAUGGCAGGAAGAAGUGGAGGAAGUGAAGGGAUUAUCAGCACUCGGUAGAUGACAAACAGGUCAGAGAAUUGAAAAACAAUGUUUCAUGAUCGUUGUAUGAAUGGUGUUUGGAUUAAGCGAAAAAGUUUAUUACAAAAC